AUGCAGGAAUCUCGCAUUUGGAAUUUGUAUGGCCCAGCCGAAGUAUCACUAUGUUGCACAUAUCACCUUGUAGAUCUUGGCAUGGAUCAAAAGGUUAUCCCAAUAGGUCGAACACUCCCAAACUAUCAAUGUCUAAUUCAUGACGAAUUUGGACAAUCCGUGAUCACGGAUCAACAUGGUGAACUCUUAGUAGGUGGUGUAGGUGUCUUUGCUGGCUAUCUCUAUCGUAAUGAUUUGACAGAAAAAGCUGUAGUCGAUAUUGAUAAUAUGAUAUACUAUCGAACAGGAGAUCUUGUUCAAAUGGAUAGCUGUGGUCUGCUCUACUAUAUUGGUCGUAAAGAUUACCAAGUAAAAUUGCAUGGACAACGUAUCGAAAUAGGUGAAAUCGAACGAUGUUUACUGAACAAAGACGUCUCUGCUUGUAUCAUCGUGAAAUGCGGAGACGACCAUUUAGUGGCUUAUGUUCAAGGCACAAAUAUUAAUGAAGAAGAUUUACGCGAACAUUGUUCCUCUCAUCUUCCAACAUUUAUGAUUCCGUCGAUGUUUGUCGUGCUUGAUCGACUACCUCUAAAUGCAAGUGGAAAAAUAGAUCUUGAGCGACUUCCGGCUCCUAACUUCUCUUUGUCGAGUGUACCGGCGAGAACUAAAUAUGAUGCUCCUCGUACAGAGCUAGAACAACGUGUGCAUGAUCUUUGGUGUGAAAUAUUAAAAACUUCCGGCAAAAAGAUUGCGAGAACGACUAACUUCUUCGCUAUCGGUGGUCAUUCUCUCCUUUUUGUUCAACUCUACUAUGAUUAUCAGUCUAAUUUUCGCUUCGAUAGUCAGAUAAUUUCGAUUGCACCUUUUCUUCUACACGCAACGAUCGCUGAUCAUGCAAAAUUACUCAAUACAGUGAAGUUUAGCGGUAUAAAAUCCGAAGUAUGGAAUACACUCCAUAUCGAUGAAGGUAAUAAUCUUUCUUAUGAGCAGUUUGAAAGAAUUAAAUUCAUUCACAAAUUUUAG